AUUUUUCAAUUGUUGUGUCCUAUUUUUGUUAUUGAAUUUUGUUUAGAAACAAUUCCACUCUGAGGUCUGGAGAAUUCAGUCUCAGUAAAUCAGGAACCUACAACUGUGAUGCUCCUUUAAUCCUGGUCAAAUCCAUCUUCAAGGCGAUGAAACGACUGGAACCCAAUCCUGAUUUUGUAGUCUGGACCGGAGAUAACGGACCACAUGUGGAUGACCCGUCUCCUAACUAUCCGUAUAUAACAAACGUGACAAGUUUUGUUUUCUCUGAACUGAAAAGAAUGUUUGGAGAUAUUCCUGUCAUCCCUGCUCUAGGGAAUCAUGAUUCAUACCCAGCUGAUUCCUACAAUCAAGAUUCUGAUCAAUAUAAUCUUUAUUAUGAUCAAGGAGGGUUCAAGGAUCAUGUAGGAGGGGGUGCGAGCAAAGAUACUUUCCUAAAAUGUGGAUACUAUACAAAGACAAUCAAUGUUAUGGAAAAUGCGCUGAAGUUUAUAGUUCUGAACACUAAUCUCUACUACAACAACAUAGUCAACUUCACAGAUUCUGACCCCUGUGAUCAAAUAUCUUGGUUAAACCAAACUCUGACAGAUACCCUGGAGAAUGAGAAGGUGUACAUAGUAGCUCAUGUACCGCCUGGUGUGUACGAAAGAACUCCGAAUAUUAAUUUCUUCAAUACUCCAAAAGAUGGGAUUGGAGAGCAGAUAGAGAAAAGGUAUGUCAGUCUGGUUGUACAGCCGGGAGUACAUGAGAAGAUACAAGCUCAUAUUUAUGGUCAUGUACACACGGACUCUUUCAGAUUGUUCGUGAGUCGGAGUGGAGAUGAUGAUGUGCGAGGUGUUGGAUAUCUAGGUUCAAGUGGAACUCCGCUCCUUUACGAUCAUAAUAAACCAAUCGGAGUCAACCCAGGCCUUCGUCUUUUCUACUUAAAUGAUGGUGGUGGUUUACAGGAUUACUCUCAGUUUGGAUUAGACCUGGAGAAGUUUAACCUGGCGGACCAGGAUAAAAAGUCUCGUCGUAAAGAUCUGGAUAACCCUACAAUCCUGGACACUGACCUGAUUAACCCUACAACCCCUGGACCGGACAGUAUUGCCCUUGUAACCCAGAAACGGGAAAAAAGAGACUCUCCACGAAAAAAACGAACACUGAACCGAAGGAGACGGGAUUCUCCCGCAUUCCUAGACGGUUUACCGCCUUCAGAUACAGAAAAUGAAGGAAUGGUGGGACCUCUCUCUGAUAUUCUGCUGAGUAAAAGUCCUCAACAGUUCGAGCAGGCAGCCAGCCUACUUCAGGAUAGCAGCACAAAGGCUAGCCUAGUGGAGCCCACUACUUCCAAAAAUCUUCUGGGCUAUCCCGGAGAAAACCCAAAAACAUCCAAUAAUACCACCUCUGACGCAAAAUCAAAAAAGCUUGGAUAUAACGGUGAAAACCCAACACCCGGAGACGUUACUCCAUCCAAGAAUACCACAUCUGAAGCAAAAUCAAAAAAGCUUGGAUUUAAUGGAGAAAACCCAACACCCAGAGACGUUGUAUUGUCCAAAAAUACCACCUCUGACGCAAAAUCAAAAAAGCCUGGAUAUAUCGGAGAAAACCCAACACCCGAAGACGUUACUUCAUCCAAAAAUACCACCUCUGACGCAAAAUCACGGUUACCUGGAGACCUUGGUGAAAAUUCAACGACUGAUGCUAAACAAAUAAAUAUCACCACUUCUACACCAGACGCAAAUAACGCAAUUGCUGAAGCAGGUAAUGCUACAAUAGACGGAAAUACUGCAACAGCUGACGCAGAUGCAGCACUAGUAGACGCAAUGUCAGCUGAAUUUAUUCUGCUCUACAACGCUACUGACGCUUUUAAUAUCAAGGACUUAUCUGCUUCUGAAAUGGCAAAGGGCUACCAGAAUAUGUUGGAGAAUAGGAGUAUGUUUAACCAGUAUUACCUGCACAACACUGUAGAUCAUCUAAUAGGAGAUGGAGUUUGUGAUGAAGUCUGCUUCAGGGGUCAUAUGUGUUCCAUCAAAUUUCAAGUUUUUGAAGACGUCAAAACGUGUUUGAAUUCUACUAGUGAGAGUAUACUAAAUAUUGGUUUUUCAAUUCCCUCUCUUGAACCUGUAUCCACUACACCAUCUACCACCACUGCGUCCUCAGCACCUGACUCUUCUCCACCUUAUGCUUUUAUAGCCUCCACUACUUCUUCGACAACCUCCACCUCUUCAACAACAACCUCCACUGCUACUUCGGAGGAUACAACGAUUUAUGAAGAAGCCUCCGACAAAUUUCUAGAUAAUGGAGAUGUACUCUCCGAACCUGUUGAUCCUGGGUUUGGUCGUGUGUCCUCUAAGGUUGCUGGUGUAUUCCUGGGUGUAUCUGGAUCCAUUAUUCUUCUACUCAUCCUUGGCUUCGCAUACAGGAAAUAUAGAAACAACAGGCAACGAGAUCAAGAGUUUCUGCUGACGGACUCAGUGUUCCGCUAUGACGGCUAUAGUCAACUGGACGACGAUUUUUAAAGGACUUAUGAAGUUUUAUAAAAUCUGGCUGAGUGUUAGUAUCCAGUGUCAACUGUAUCAAAUUAACAUUUUUUACAAACAAAUUUAUGUAACAAUUUCAUUAAAAACCUGGUGUGUAUUUUUGGCAAAGGCACAUUCCCCAUUUCCCCCAUUCAAAGCAAAUCAACGAUUAUUAGGACGGAGGAUGGAAAGAAUUCACUGGCUGGGUUAAAGUAUCAAUUAUGCAAUUUAAUGUUAACUUUGAUUUUCUUUUUCCUGAAGCUUAAAAAAUGAUUAUUUCUUUAUAAACCGUCCUUAUGUGAGGAUUUAUUUCCAUCCAGCCUUGAUAUGACAAAAUGGUCAUUGGAAAAUAUUUAUUACAAACCACUGGUGAAGCAUGUUAGAAGGUUCUACAAAAGUUAUUGGUUGUGUAUCCAAGGGCAUUACAUCAUAGCAGUUAGUGGUGCCCAAGAUUACACCUAGGCUGAGAAUAGAUUAAAUGAUGAAAAUUCCCAUUUUGCUAAAGCUGAGAGUUUUGUAAGAAAAUAUAUUUUCUUUUUCGA